GGACUGUGAGUCACUGACUUGCUACUACACAAACACAAACACAAACACAACGACACAACACAUAAACCCUCAAGUGUCUUUGGGGUUCUGUCUCAGCUCCGUAAAAUCUGCUGACUCCCCAUCCCCGUCCACUCCACCCUCUUCUCCCCCCCUACAAGUCUAUUUUCCCUUCGAUUUCAAGAGUUUUACGUCAAUGACCAAGCCCUUAAUCCCAUACUAGCUGGGGGUAGGGGAAAUUGAGUUUAAACAAAACCUGCAUGAUUUAGAAUCCAGAGGGCUAGAAGCAUGUCUUGUGCUACCUUAAGCCUACCACCUUCUCUCAAACUUCUCAAUAGCUGCUUUCAGCCUUCAAACAAGAAAUCUUGUUUCCUCAGCAGCUCGUUUUCUUCGGUAAGCUUUGUGGGACCCUUGACUUCCUAUGGUAACAAAAGCUCUUGGGACUCAUGCCAUGUAAUUAAGGGCUUAAGAUCGUUUCCCAUCGUCUUCAAAUGUGUUGCUCAGAAAUCAGAGCUGUCGGUUUCAGUUGGUGCUGGCAGCAAUAUUGCUUCUGAAAAGAGGUUGGUUGUGUUGGUUAUUGGUGGAGGGGGAAGAGAACAUGCACUUUGCUAUGCCUUGCAGCGAUCUCCCUCCUGUGAUGCAGUCUUCUGUGCUCCUGGCAAUGCAGGGAUUUCUAACUCUGGAAAUGCUACCUGUAUUCCAGAGCUUGACAUCUCUGAUAGCUCAGCAGUGAUCUCCUUUUGCCGCAAAUGGGGUGUUGGACUGGUUGUUGUGGGACCAGAGGCACCUUUGGUUUCUGGCCUUGCAAAUGAUUUAGUAAAAGCUGGAAUCCCUACUUUUGGGCCAUCAGCAGAAGCAGCUGCUUUAGAAGGUUCAAAGAACUUCAUGAAAAAUUUGUGCGACAAAUAUAAAAUUCCUACUGCUAAGUACCAAACAUUUACAGAUCCAUCUUCUGCAAAGCAAUACAUUGAGGACCAGGGAGCACCUAUUGUCAUAAAAGCAGAUGGCUUGGCUGCUGGAAAAGGAGUUAUUGUUGCCAUGACACUAGAGGAGGCAUAUGAAGCUGUUGAUUCAAUGCUCGUGAAGAGUGUUUUUGGUUCUGCAGGUUGUUGCGUAGUUGUUGAAGAAUUUCUGGAAGGAGAAGAAGCGUCUUUCUUUGCCCUGGUGGAUGGAGAGAAUGCUAUUCCUCUAGAAUCUGCUCAGGACCAUAAAAGAGUUGGUGAUGGAGACACAGGUCCCAAUACUGGUGGGAUGGGGGCAUACUCUCCAGCACCAGUAUUGACAAAAGAACUUCAGUCAGUGGUCAUGCAAACUAUAAUUCACCCAACAGUCAAGGGAAUGGCAGCCGAGGGUUGCAAGUUUGUAGGUGUUUUGUAUGCUGGGCUGAUGAUUGAGAAGAAGACUGGCUUACCUAAGCUAAUUGAGUACAAUGUACGCUUUGGCGACCCUGAGUGUCAGGUGUUGAUGGUUCGCUUGGAAUCGGAUCUAGCACAAGUCCUGCUUGCAGCUAGUAGAGGAGAGCUAAGUGGAGUGUCCCUGAAAUGGUCUCCAGGGUCUGCCAUGGUGGUGGUUAUGGCAAGCAAGGGGUACCCUGGGUCCUAUGAAAAGGGGACUGUGAUUCAAAACCUUGAGGAGGCUGAGAAUGUUGCUCCAACAGUUAAGAUAUUUCAUGCCGGAACUGCCUUGAACUCAGACGGCAACUUCAUUGCUACUGGGGGCCGAGUUCUUGGGGUCACUGCCACUGGAAGAGAUCUUGAAGAGGCCCGGGACAGAGCUUAUCAGGCAGUUGAGGAAAUCAACUGGCCAGGAGGGUUCUACCGGCGAGAUAUUGGGUGGAGAGCGCUUCCUCAGAAGCAAUUGGCUCCAAAAAAAUAAACUGACAUAAAAAAAUUGAAUAGCCAAAUUCAAGAACACAAAUAUUGUAUUCUGAAGAAUUCCAAAAUAGUUGAUGACAUGAAGGUGGCUUACAAUCAAUCAUAAAAAGAUUCCAAAAAACGGUUUGUGUAAUUGAUCUUGAAGGUAUGGGAAUACUGUUGAGGUAAUUUAUGUUUUCUUUUUCGCUA